GUCUAUUUUCUAUUAACCUUUUUGUUUUGAGUGAGUUUUAAAAAGAUGCUUUUUUUGAAUUGGGGUUUUGGGAAAAAGGUUGAAUAUGAAUUCUUUCGGAGUUAGGAUAAAUAAUGCAUGAAUGGUUAAGGCCUUAAGGGUUUUUGAAAAGAGGUUUAAGUGGUUAAAGCUCCUUCUUUUGGUUUAGAAUAUUUUUUUGUUUGUUUUGAUUAUGUUGUUAUUCAAGAUUAAGGACAUUGAUUAAGAUGUAGCUGUAAAGUUAGGUAUUGUACUUGGUUGUUUUUGUGUAAUCUAUAAAAUUCAUUUGAUAUUGAAUUUGGUGGUUCGGAAAGGGUUUCUAAGUAGUGAAAGUUUCUUGGUUGGUUUUGAGAUCGUUUUUGAAUCUGUUAUUCAAAACUAAGUACAUUGGUUUGGAAAGGGUUUCUAAGUAGUGAAAGUUCCUUCUCCUCGUCUUUGAUAUUCUCAUCGUUUAUUGGUUAAAUCCUUCAAUCCGACACCAUGAGUCGAAAAUUUCAAAAUAAUUAUAGAGGUGGUUGGAAUGAUAAUAUGCCAUUCGAUGAUUUCAAUCAUGAAGAAGUUUACUACAAUUACGAAAUUCCUCACAGUCACCACUAUGCUGAUGAUAGAUACUUAUCACAUGAAACACCGGCACACAAUGCUGAUGAUAGGUAUUUAUCACAUGAAACGCCGACACACUACGCUGAUGAUAGGUACUUAUCACAUGAAACGCUGGCACACUAUGCUGAUGAUAGGUACUUAUCACAUGAAAUGCCGGCACACUAUGUUGAUGACAGACACUUACCACAUCGAACACCGGCACACUAUUCCGAUCAAAGGGCAGAUCAUUAUGCUGAUAAGAUGCACUUGCCACAACAAACACUGGAACACUAUGGUGAUAAUAAGAGGUACUUUUCACAUCAAACGGAGGAACACUAUGCUGAUACGAAGAGGUACUUUGCACAUCAAACGGAGGAACACUAUGCUGAUAAAAAGAGGUACUUUUCACCUCAAACGAAGGAACACUAUGCUAAUAAGAAGAGGUACUUUUCACCUCAAUUGGAGGAAGACUAUGCUGAUAAGAAGAGGUACUUUUCACCUCAAACGGAGGAACACUAUGCUGAUAAGAAGCGGUACUUUUCACAUCGAAUAGAGGAACACUGUGCUGAUAAGAAGAGGUACUUUUCACCUCAGAUGGAGGAACACUGUGCUGAUAAGAAAAGGUACUUUCCACAUCAAACAGAGGAACGCCGUGCUGGUAAGAAGAGGUACUUUGCACAUCAAAAGUCAGAAGACUAUGGUGAUAAGAGGUACUUGGCACAACAAAAGCUAGAAAACAGUGGUGGUAAGAGGCACUUACUACAUCAAAUGCCGAAAGACUAUGCUGAUAACAAGUGCUUGCCACAUCGAACACAAGAACACUAUGCUGAUAAGAAGAGGCACUUACCACAUCAAACGGAGAAGCACUAUACUGAUAAGAAGAGGCACUUACCACAUCAAAUGGAGGAACACUAUGCUGAUAAGAAGAGGCACUUGCCACAUCGAAUGCCGGAAGACUUUGCUAAUAAAAAGCACUUAUCACAUCAAAAGCUAAAAGACUAUGCUGAUAACAAGUGCUUGCCACAUAAAACCCGAGAUCAUUAUGCUGAUAAGAGGCACUUCCCACAACAAACCCGGGAACACUAUGGUGAUAAGAGGCACUUACCAGAUCAAAUGCCGGAAGAAUAUGCUGAUAAAAAGUGCUUAUCGCAUCAAACGCCGGAACCAACUAUUCCUGCUAUAGCCCCAGUACUGUAUCGACAGUCAAAUACUACACGCUGUAAAAUUUGUGAUGUUAAGAUGCAUCACAACUUUGUGGAAAAGCAUAAUAAUGGAAAGAAACAUCAAAUGUUAUUAAAGCUACAUGAGCAAUCAAUGAAACGUAAAAAUUCAAAUGGACGACACAGUAGACAAAUUCCAAAUGCUUCUGAAAUGAAUUCAGUAGUUCAACCUAAGAAAGUUCCAAAAUCUAAGAAAAAUGGGCUCCCGGUAGAAAAUGUGAGUUGUGAAGCACAUAGUAUGAAGCACAAGAAAGUUCCGGCUGAAAGUUCUAACAGGAAACUUGGGGAUCACACUGGUGCAAAGGAUCAUGGUUUCAAGGUAGAAAAUGUGAGUCAUGAAGCUCCUAAUUUCAAGCACAAGAAAGUUCCGGCUGAAAGUUCUAAAAGCAAACUCGGGGAUGACACUGGUGCAAAGGAUUGUGGUUUCAAGGUAGAAAAUGUGAAAAAUGAAUCUCCUAGUUUCAAGAACAGGAAAUUUCCAGCUGUAUGGUCAAAAAGGAAACUCAGGGAUGACACUGGUGCAAAGGAUCAUGGUUUCAAGCCUGAGGUUGAAGGAGCAACAAGAGGUAAAUACCUGAAGAUGAAUAAUGGGAUAAGAAGUCCCGUGAAAUCAUCAAAACCAGUGGUCAAUGCUCAGGUAUUCACACCAGCAGAAGCAGAGGGAUCAACUUUUGAACCCAAAAAUCAUAUUGAUUCACAGAGAAAAGUAACAGAAGCCAAAGAACAUCACGAGGUUCUUAAUUAUGGUGUGAAUUCAAAUGAUGAGCGACGAUCAAUCUCAAUGGAGUUGCACUACUCUGCUGGUUCUAACACCCAAAUAGAAGUUGUCAAUUCCAAUUCUGCUGCAAAUGAAAUAGUCAUAGAACCAGUCUCAUCUGCACCAUCAGAUGCAGUUGGUUCAAGUUUUGAACCCCUAACUAAGCAUGGUCUACAUACUGAAAUUGAACCUCAAGAAGAAGUCGUAGCAUAUUAUGAGAGCCAACACCCUAAUGAUGACACAAAUAUUGAACUGCUACCAUCUGUCGUAAUGGAGAUUGAUGUUCAUUCGGAGUCUAGUGUUGAGACCGAAACUGCAGACGGAAGCUCUCAAGAUGAAGUGGAUACAGAUGUUCUCUCUAAUGAGUCAGGGAUAACCAUGAUGCCUCAGGUCUCCGUUUGUCUUACGUGUGGCGAUGAAGGCUUUCAAGAGGCAUUGGUAUAUUGUAAAAAAUGUGAAGAUUGUGCACUGCAUAGGUAUUGUUUAGAUGGGCCUGUGAUUUUUACAGAUGAGGUUAUUUGGUUUUGUGAGGAUUGUGAAGCAGAGGUAAUAGACACAGAUUAUUCUGAUAGUGAGACUAAAGAUUCAGAAAAAGGUGAAGUUGAUUCCAACAAGGAGUGUUUUACUGUUGUUGAUCCACAGCCUAUUGCUGAUCCAAUCUGGAGUGGAAAUUUGCAGAUUUUGAACAAAAGCUAUGAUAAAAGCAUUGCUAGACUAAUGUGCCAUUUGUCCACUUUAGCAUGCCCUAAAGUUCUCGAGUCGACAAGACAUAUCCCUAAUGUGCUUUAUGCAGACAUGAUUCAAAGAUCAGUUGUAUGGCCAGAGAGUUUCAAAAAAUUUGGAACAAAUAAUCUGAGCAUUGGCCUUUAUUUCUUUCCUCAGAAUGAAAGUGUUGAGAGAUAUUUUGACCAGCUAGUUGAUGAAAUGAUUUCCAAUGACCUUGCCAUAAGAGCUAGGGUUGAAAAUGCUGAGCUUUUAAUUUUUCCUUCUACAAUGCUCCCAAACCAAUACAAGAGAUCUCAAUCAAAGUAUUACUUAUGGGGAAUUUUAAACAAAGCAAUUCCAUCCACAUGUGAUGCUGAUUAAGGAAAUGUAGCUAGUCUCUUAACCAUGCAAUAGUUUCUUGGACUAGGUUUUAGGACUAUUAUGCAUCUAACCAUAGUGUAUGUAUGCUUUCCUAACUACAAUUUAACUUAUUAUUAGAGAUGUUAGUGUUCUAUUUCACACAACACUCUUUUUUGCAAUCUGGUUUCGUGCCUGUAUGCUAGUUCAUGGGAUAGUGCAUUGCAUGUAGUGCGUGUGAGUAUUUGUAUACCCUUUUUUGGUUGAUUAUGUAGUUUAAUUGGGUUAGGUUUUGUCACCCCAAUAUUUUUUAUUUUAUUUUAUUUUUAAUUUAUUUAGGGUGUUGGUGAGGAUUUCUC